UAAGAACUGGCGACAGGUACGGGCGUUGUGGCCAUCGAGUCUCAUAACCAUACUUUUUUCUCCAGCGGUCUUGUCCUUCUCUUCCUUCAUCAUCAUCAUCUGAUCUGAUCUCCAGAAUCAACACGCCUGCUGUGCUGUUGGUCUAGGGAUCUUGAGCAAGAGGACAACCCUCCCCCGUAUCUCCUUGAUGCCAUCCAAGGACCUACCUACCUACCAAAGGGGAGCCAACCUUACACCUACUCAAAGAUAUCUUUCUUGAUCCAUCUCGCCGUCCUAUACAUCUCUUUUUCUUCUUUAUAUACCCCGCCCACAUACAAAACAACCACUUCAAGUCUCCAACAUGGAUGACGACGUAAUGCGUCCCGACACUCACCACGACCCUACACCGGGUCUGAUCCCCGUGCCUCACGGCCCGGCCACCGGUGACGAGGCUCUUCAACUUCCCUUCGGCCACACGCCUGAUCCCGACCACGAGAAGGCCAUCUUCGGCUACCUCACACAACCUGACGACAUCUACACAAAAGACGGCACCUACUGGGCCGACCUGCCCUUGCGCGAGAGGAUAGCCUUCGUCAACAAGGUCCAGAAUGAGGAGGCGAAGCAGGAGCUCAAGGCCAUCGGUCGGAUGAUGAAGAAGGACCCUCUCAGCCCCGUCUCGUGGUACUUCCGCAACGCCGUCCUUCCCGGUGCCGGUCUUGGUCUCGAGGGCUACGUCCUCUUCAGUAUCGGCAACAUCGAGCCUCUCUUCAAAGCCACCUGGCCGCAAUGCUGGGGCCACAAUGCUACCGAGUGCAGCAGCAACUGGAUCGCUGCCGUAACAUAUCUCGAGGUUAUCGGUAUUAUGGUUGGCCAGCUAGUCGUUGGUGUUAUUGGUGAUUGGAUUGGUCGCCGCUGGGGUCUCAUUCAGGAUGCCGCUAUCAUGUUUGUCGGUUUGCUCAUGCUCACGGCUUCUUGGGGUUUGACCCUCCAGGGCUGGGUCAUCUGCUAUGCUUGGUCUCUCUUCUUCUACGGUUUCGGUGUCGGUGGAGAAUAUCCCAUUACUGCUACCUCCUCUAUGGAGAACUCUGUCGCGUCCGGAAAGCUUUCCACGAGAAACGACCGUCUUCACCGUGGCCGCAAGGUUACCACCGCCUUCUUGAUGCAGGGUUGGGGUCAGCUUAUCAACCAGGCCCUCCUCAUUAUCCUCCUCCUCAUCUUCCAUGCCGGUAGCGGAUCCCCGCCCUAUGGCCUCGCCACUGUCCAGUGGACAUUCAGAUUGUCGUUCGCCAUUCCCGCCGUCGGUACCCUUUGGCUCGUCUACUACAGAACCUACAAGAUGCCCCACGCCAGUCGACAGCUUAUUGCCGCCAAGAAGAAGACCAACGUUACCGGUUACGAUUUUGAUUCCCUUGCCAUGACCACCAGGCACUUUGGAGGCCGUCUCCUUGCCACGGCUGGUUGCUGGUUCUGCAACGAUGUCUUCUUCUACGGAAACAAGCUCUUCCAGGCUCAAUUCAUCGCCGUCAUCAGCGGCGGCUCGAGCUCUGUCUUGACCGGCUGGAUUUGGAACUUGUACAACGUCAUCAUCUCUCUUGUCGGUUAUUACUUGGCCUCGCUCCUCAUGGACAACCGCUUCUAUGGCCGCAAGAUGAUGCAGCAAGUCGGUUUCCUCAUGUGCUUCAUCAUGUUCGUCGUUCCCGCCUUCAAGUUGGAAUACUACACCAGCCCCGCCGGUAUCAAGUCGUUCCAGGCCAUGUACUUCCUCUCCAGCUUCUUCAACCAGUUCGGCCCCAACAGCGUCACCUUCCUCGUUGCCGGUGAGGUCUUCCCCACCCCCAUCCGCGCCUCCGCCCACGGCUUCAGCGCCUGCUGCGGCAAGGCUGGUGCGCUUCUCGCCUCCGUUCUCUACAACUACAUCGAUACCCAGACCAAGUUCUACGUCGUUCCCUGGUUCGGUCUCGCCGGCAUGAUCCUCACCUGGCUGUUCCUCCCCGACACCACCGGUCUUGACCUUAAGGAGCAAGAGCGCCGGUGGAGCUACAUCCGCGCCGGCAAGCCCGAAGACUACCACGGCAUCGCCAUCCACCCCAUGCACCUUUCCCUCUGGGAGCGCCUCCGCGGCGUUGGCAAGCACUACAACCCCGAGCUCGACCACAAGCAGAAGAUCGAGGACAUGCGUGAGGAGUGGGCCGGCAAGGAGCGCAUGCGCCGCGAGAAGGAGGUCAAUGGCCAGAACUCCAUGGGCGACGAUCUCGAGGUGGAUGACUUCAACGAUCAAGUCCACCACUACUUCCGCAACACCACCGACCAGGGCAUGUUCGUCAACGACGGCUCUGCCGGUCCCAGCACCCACUCGAGGUCGAGGAACAACAGCGAGCCCCCCUUCGCUUCGGGAGCGAACUCGAAGGAGGUCACGCAGGAGAAGAUCCGCCCCGACAGCCCUUCGACCACACAGACCCCGUCAUCGACGCGGCCUGUAAGUGAGAAGGAGCAAUAAGCAAGAGUUUGGGAUGUGGUGGGUUUGGCUGUUUUAUACUUUGCAUCGGGAUGUGUACACAAAAAUUCGAAAUGUUAAUGAUGGGGGAAAUGAGAACUGCGCAAUGAUUCGGAACAAAAAAGAAGAAGAGAAGGAGUCGAAUGAAAACACAGAGCUGGGCCGGACAUGGAUAUGAAGAAGUCCUGGGGAUAGUGACUCGAUGGGAUGGAUGAAGUUUUUCCUCCUGUUCUUUUUAGGCGGGCAAGGCGGGCGAGCCUAACUUUUUAGCAUUCAACUGGCGUAUUUUUAAUGUAUCAUGAUACCCUCCAAUGCAAACGAUGUUGGAUAACUUUUUGCUUCCUAUU